AUGAGAUGUCAUGCAAUUGGGAGUCGUAGUGAAAUCACUGGAGCUUGUUUGGUAACUCAGAUACAUACGAUUCUAACUGAAAAGUCUUCUAUUAUACAUAAUAUGCAAUCUGAUGAUGAUGAUGAACUUAGUUGUAAGCAAUGGUUUUCAACUGCUGUUCCUUGUUUGUGUAGUAUUGACACUAAAAGGUUAAAACCAAAACAAUUAUUUUGUGAUAAUGGACCAGUUAAAAGACAAGAUGAGAAUGAAGAAUCAAAAAAUAUGAAUGGCUAUGACUCCGAUGAUGAUGUUUUUUCGAGUGCCCCUACGAGUCCAUGUAGUGAAUAUUCUUCAUCAGAUGAAUCUGACUCAUCAAAAAUUAUGUUUCAUAAUGCUGAACGUGAUUUUUCUUACCUAUUAUUUUCAAGCGAUGUACCUAUAGUUCAUGAUUAUGAAAUAUUUGAUGCCAUUAAUGGUAUAAAUGUAGACUCCAACAAAUAUCCAUGGCUAUAUAGGUGGUUGUAUUCAAUGAAUGACUACAAUAAUCUAAACAAUCUGUGA